CGUAGUAUGCAUGUAUGGUUAUUGUAACCUGGAAUUAAAGCUCUUCUGCUCGCUAAGGAAAAUUCGUGUCUCCGACUGCUCUCCGAACUGCCCACCGUCUCCUUGAAAGCAGUGGUAUAGCUUUCAUCUCUUGUAUCACUUAUUCACCGGCGCCUAUGCUUGCACGCAACCUCUAUUUGUAGAGGUGUACAACCUUUUGCUUUUCCCGUUCAAGCAGAGAAGGUUCUUACAGCUAAGGCUGUUGGCAACCGUAGUGAAUUAUAUUGAACGUCUAUCCCACUGACGCAAAUGGGGAAAGGCGCUGGUAAAGGCUCUGGCAAGCCUUGCUGUGAAGGCUGCUGCAAAGCGGCUUGCGUGAUUUCUGUCAGCCUGGUAUGCGUUCUCCUUUUGGGGCUCGGCUUCGUCGGGGGCGGAAUCGCCGCUAUGGUAGCGACAAAGGUCAUGCGAUCAAAAAACAUAAAAAAGGUUGAGGAUUCCAUUACCAGAUGGGACUCCGCUACCAACCCGGACGGCUGGCCCCAAUUUCAACGGCUGGCCGGCUAUGUCACUCUUACCCCUGGCAGCCCCAUAUCCGGAACCAGCAACUGCUCCACCAUGACCCUCAGCCUUAACCCCAACAUCUGCCCCUACAACGAGUACCUGGACGAAGCUGCUCGCUUCCGGUCCGCGAGGCAGCUGGCCUUCUGUGCCUACGUGCCGUACAACACAUUCGUCGAUUGCGACUUGCGGGUCUCCUUCACCGUGGUCCAGGGAGGGAGCAAUGUGACCCUCACCACACUGCCAGACCUGGUCGACUUCUCCGGCUACCGACAGGUCAACAUCAAGAUGAUGGAGAUCCGCGGACCCAACAAGUGCUCCGGCAAGAUGCGCUGCAGCGGCAGCAACUUCAACGCUUGCGCCAGGAAGUGCUCGAACGGCUUCGGUGGCAUGCUCAGCUGCUCCAUGUACACAUGCAGCGCCAGCACCGCUGUGUCAGACCUGUCGGUCAAGGUCACCAGCACGGCAGCUGGCUCGUAUGCGCUGGACAGCUCGGGCCCGGUCUUCUCACGCGGCGGUGACGGAGGCAACGUGCUGCCCUCGGGCUUCUCCUGGCCCUACUACCCGAUUUCCACCAGCAGCAAGUCGCCUCGCUGGCAGUACGAUGGCAUGGGCUUUCACGGCAGCUCCGGCAUGCUCACCCUCACCCUGCGCUCCUCCGCCGACCCCUGGCUCACCUACAUGGCAGCAACCAACGGCUCGGGCUACUUUGAUACGUACCUGAAAGUCCUGGGCGGCGUGUUGAUUGGCAUCGGCUGCUUGAUCCUGCUGGUCUGCCUCACCGUCUUCCUCGUCUUCGCACAUGCGCGCACCCUCGCGGCGCGCUACCCGGAGCGGCCGCCCGGCUGCUACUAUGGCUGCAUGUGGAGGAUGGGGCGCGGGAUCUACGGCCCUCGGCCUGGCACCGCCGCCGCCGCGCCUCCGCCCCAGCCGCCCCUGCAGGCCGACCCACCGGUUGCGCAGCCCGUCCCCGGCACCGCCCCGCCGCCCGGCGCCUACUCCUACGCCUACGGCGCCUACCCUGCCGCCUACACCCCAGGCGCCACCGCUGCCAGUCCCCAGCAGCAGCCGGCCUACGCGCAGCCCGGUGGAUACGCCUACGGCUACCCGGCCGCCGGGGCGCCCGAGGCCGCCCCACCAGGCCCGCAGCAGCAGGCCUACCCGGGAGCGUACUACCCGCAACAGCCGCAGCAGCCGCAGGCCGGGUACGCGGGCGCCCACUACCCCCCGCCGCCACCGCAGGGCCAGCCGCCAAAGGGCGCGUAGGUGGGUGUCACCUGCGGUGCGAGUGAUGGGGGAUGAUGGGAAGCCAAGAGGGUGGGGGUGUGGCCGCACCGAUGCCUCGCCCGUCAUGUACGGCGGUGUGUAAUGGCCAUGUGGUCAACAGUUACCUUCUCGGCUGAUGACUCGGCACUGCUCGCCACUGGGAGGGGGGCCUAGAUCGCAGACUAUUGUGGGUUCGGCUAACCAGCAUGCGGUGUGCACAUGUGGUGGCGAGAUAGGGCGUUGCAUGGUUUGGAGGCUUUAAGUGUUUCCGGGGGCCAUGUCCCUCCCUAAGGGGCUGCCUCGUGACAUAGGGCGUUCGGGUAUUGCAUUUGCCCGUGGCGCAUUGCCCAUGCCGCACCUGACUCCAUAAAAGUUAGUGUUAUGAGCACAGUACUGUCAAGGAAAGCAUCAGGGCAACGGCGAAGAUCCGAAGAUGCUACUCUCUGGAGCGUGUGCGCUCUGCUGUUUAUGUAUCUUGCGUGCGUUUGCAAGGGAAUUGCGUUCUGCAUUUUUGCGGUUUCGGCGUUUGGACUGUGUCGCAUGUUCCAGCCUUGGGAUACCGCUCGUGAAGCCGUGACUGCAAUUCGUACGUCUGUUAACUGUACGGCAUCCAUACCUGAAUAAUAGCACGGCAUCAACACCUGAAUAACGCUAAUAUAUAGUUGGGUUUUUGGAAUGGUGGCACCACUGCAGGUCCUAUAAUCCCGCAUCACUGCGUUCGUUUUGUCAUGCGUUGUGCCCUGCAUGCAUGAUGGUGGUUUUGUUGGCACUUGAACCAAACCAGCCCGUGUGUGAUAGCCUGCGCAGUUGUGUUGUGGCCUGUGAGGACAGUUUCAGUAUGUACGCGAUCACCCUAUCCUUGUGACCUUGGUUUUUGGAAUUGGGUUAGCCCCUAGUUUUAGCCUGCACAUGUUUGCCAAUUGCCAUGCGCUACCUUAAAAGGUAAUAUGGGGUUAGGUGAGCGGCAAACCGGCUUAAUAGGAGGUCUUAUGCUGACUCCGAACGUUUGGCCGGCCCGGUGAUGCGUUUUUGAACAUGUGACAGGCCACGUUUUUGUAGCUGCAUUGGGACCAAACCCCGGCGUGAUGUGAUCCUGCUAGCACCACAUAGCUUCUUUGCCGUUGUCCCGAACUGGAACUAGUACUGGUGUCACAGUGGAUGACUUGACAAAUUGAAGGAAGUUCUGGGGGCUCAGGCCAGGGCGGGGGGAGGCCCAGUAGCCAGCCGAGCUGACUGUUAGGCGUAGGAAGGGGCCUGUGCAAGUAUGUGCCAAUCUGUAUGCCGGUGCAAGGAAGUGGAAAGUCCCUGCGUGCAAGUGCCGUCCGGAUUACGCUGGGCGCUGUAGGCAAUACGUGAAAGCGAUACAGACUCGGCGCGGUAUGCGUCGUUCCUUGAGUAAGCCCAAACAUCCCAUGCAUGGACCUGCUUCGUAUCUCUCGGACAACUUGCACCCGAAGUAACGGCGAAGUGCGA